CAUAGAUGGACAGGACACAAGAGAUCAAAGGUACGCGAUCAAAAAGAUGCCACAGAUAGUUCCAAAGUCAUCUUGAUGACCUGUUCUAUAAAAAAACAAAAAACCUCAACAGAACAGGUAGCUACAGAUGGGUAUAACCUGCAUCUGAAUAAAGCAGAGCUGAUUUGUUGAUGAGAAGAUAUGGAAACUCACUCUGAGGUUCAGGGGAACAAACAUCUGCACCUGGAUGUGUGUGUUGCGGAUAAGCCCCCCCACCAUGGAGUCACGGAGCUCCUGAGAAGACUCAGACCCCAGUGGCGACCAGAGGACAUCCAAAUGAAGGUCUUCACAGAAGGUAUCACAAACCAGCUAAUGGGCUUCUAUGUGGGGUCUAUGGCCGAUUCAGAUGUGGUUUUGGUGCGGGUGUACGGGCGGAUGACAGAGCUUUUUGUUGAUCGGGAUAAGGAGGUGGAGAUGCUACAGGUACUCAGCACCCAUGGCUGUGGCCCUCAGAUUUUCUGCACUUUCCAGAAUGGCAUCUGCUAUGAGUUUAUGAGAGGAGUCGCACUUGAUGACACCCUACUCAGACAGCCUGCUAUCUACAGAUUAAUUGCCACAGAAAUGGGAAAAAUCCACUCAAUAAAAUCCAGUUCAAACUCACCUGCUGAACCAGUUUUGUGGACAAAGGUAUCUCUGUUCCUGGAACUGGUCCAGAAUUCUCAGAGCGACCCUUCCGUGCAGCAGGGGUCUGUGUCCCUGUGUGAAGUUCCAAGCUUAGAGGUCCUCUUCAAAGAAAUGGAGGAACUCAAGAGACACCUCAGCCACAUAGACUCUCCGACAGUGUUGUGUCACAAUGACCUCUUGUCCAAAAACAUCAUCUACAACCCAGCCAAAGGAUCAGUAAAAUUCAUUGACUUUGAAUAUGCUGACUUCAACUAUCAAGCAUAUGAUAUCAGUAACCAUUUCAACGAGUUUGCUGGUUUGAGUAAUGUAGACUACAGCCUCUACCCCAGCUGUGAACUGCAGAGGGACUGGCUGACUGCUUACCUAGAAAGCUACAAAGCCUGUACAGGUGUGGGGUCUUCAGCCUCUAAGGAGGAAGUCCAGGAGCUCUACAUUAAAGUCUGCAAGUUCUCACUUGUACUCAACCAGCUGAUAUUGACUCUGAAUGUUAAUGGAACUGCCAGAGGUUUCCAUGUCCUGUCCAGACCUGAAGGACUAAGGCCUCCCAUUUCUCUUGGGGUCUCUGGGCUCUGCUUCAGGCCAGAUAUUCCACUAUUGACUUUGACUUCUUGAGACACUGGCUCUGAGACUGGAACAAUAGCAGAGGCGUGCUGAGGCUGAGCUGACAGAGUCAGAACUGACCGCAAUGCUGACAGCUACCCAAGCAGAGGGCCGCCAUAAUUAAAACCAUGUCAUCAAUUGGCUUCAAACAGACAAGAAAGAGCGUAGAAAGAGACAGAGAGAGAGAGAGAGAGAGAGAGAGAGAGAGAGAGAGAGAGAGAAAGAGAGAGAGAAAUGUGGGAUGAAGAGACUAAAAAAAACACCAUUGCCAUUUUGGGGAGUUAUUUUCCAAAUUUUGUCACUUAAUAAGAAGCAGACAGGAGCAUUUGAAUUAUCAGACUGCCUAUGAAUAGUGAAACUGAGUGCAAGGAUUUUACUGAGUGAAAAUAUCGGUCAUCUCAAAGGUGUUCUAGUAAAUACAGCAUUUCACUUACACUCUUUGGUACUGUGACUGAAACACAAAUUGACAACCAGUAAAAGCAUGCCUAUGUGCAGGAGUCUAGCAAGGUAUGAUACAAAGACUUACAUUCUAGAGAUACAAAGACUUACAUUCUAGAGCAAGAUAUUCUGGUUAAGAUUGUCUUCAAUAAGAGUUUGACAUACUAAAAAUACAAAAUCAGGGAGAUACCUUUUUCAUUUAUAAAACAGUUCAUAUCACAGCAACCCUGCAACAGGUGCACUAACUGACACAAAGUCAACUGUGACUGCUUCAGAUAUGAAGUACAAUGUUAUGUCAAAGAUCCAAAAGAUACAAUAAAACUAGAAACUGAUACUUUUCACUUAAUGAUCAACAUUUAGUCCAUAAUUAAUGAUAACAUACUACAUCAAUAAAUGUUCUCAAAGCUACCAGUUAUGCAAACUGUUAGUGUGAAAUGAUCUUUAACUAUCAGUAUGUGUUUAGAAACCUUUACGUAAUGCGUAGAGAUUUCUAAGUUGCUCAGGAAUUAUGUGUUAAUGUUAAAUGAAUACCUCCACAAUACUAGCAAAACACACAUAUUAAUGUAACAGAGAUAUAAGAAAACAUCCCAUGCUUUGCAAAAACUGCACCACCUUUUUUCUUUUUAUUACCUAUUAAAUGUGUUUGGUAGACAAGGUUGUGUGAUUGCAUAGCACAAUGACACGAGAUGGGAAUCUUUUUUUCUUUUUUUUUUUAAAUCUAUCUCUGGCCAUUUUAGAGGUCUUUUGUACAACUUGAAUGAUACAAGUUCUUAAUAGCUGAAGAACUACAGUAGGACACAAUUAUGUUGAUCAAGGCUGUGUCUGUGUCUAAUAUUUAAUUAAAGGACUGUGCGUUAAAAAAGAAAUCAAGGUCUUUAGAAUCCUGUAAAAAUGUCCUUUUUCCCCAUUGACCAUUUUUUUCUUUUAAUGCAGAACUCAUACACUUUGGCUUAAUAGGAUGAAAUGACUCUUGUAGCUAAAGAAUUCUAUACACUUUCUCAGAGACGACUGGAAUACGGGUAGAACUAAAGCUUCUUUUUUAUUUGAUGGCGAUGUAUUUUCUUAAAACUGUAUUAAUGCAGCUCACAUUUUAUAUUUCCAAUUGAAAGUCUGUGUUGUUGUGCUUAGGAAUUUUAAUUAUUAUCUUUUCUGUAAUACCCCAAGCUUUGUACUUUUCAAAUUUGUGUGUGGGAGAGAAAGUUAACCUGUCUUAAAGAAGUUCCUUUGAAAAAAAAAAGCAAUUUUCGGUAAGACAGUAUCUUAGCUUCACAGCCCCGCAAACUCUGGCAGAAAUGUAGAAAGCGAUUCCAUUUACUGUGAAGAGGUUUUCAAGACACGUAUAAGCCUACCUCUUGUUCUCAUUAGUUUGUUCAAAUAUGUUUUUGCAUAUAUGCACUCCAGUGACUACAAAUUAGUAGCCUAAAAGGAGUCUGUGUGGAGCCUCUGGGCUCUCUAUAAUAUGGUAACCCACCUCUUUGUUAAGAAAGCCCUUUGAUAAAACACCAUUCAUGAUUUAAGAGUUGCUAGCUCUGUUAGGUCAACCAAGUUGUGUACUUACUUUUAAUGAAUGCUGGUAUGCUAUCUGUCAGACUGAACACUACCUUUGAUGCCCUCAACCAGAAGAGUCUCAAAAAAUGUUUGAAGUAUCUGCCUUUGUAAUAAUGAUUUGUAAUCCCCUUGAAGUUUAGCAAUAUUUAAAAGAGAGAGAAAAAAUGAUGUAUAAGAUGUGUUUUAGAAUGAUACUAAAUUGUGCCCUGAAGGUCAGAGUCUCUUAAAAAGAUCUUUAUUAAGCCACUUGGCUCUCAGUUGGAGUAGAAUUGUCAAUUCAAAGUCCAUCCAAUCAUAUUCAGUUUGUACACAUGUCAGUUUCUUUAAAUUAAUGUCUUGUGGGGAAAGAGAGAACCACCUGCAUUAAAACCUGUGCU